UAGCCUCCCAAUAAUUAACUUUCAUACAGAUCGCUUCCGGUUGAUUCUGCAGAAGAUUGGAACUUUGAUACAGAUCAUAUUGCUUGGUUAUUUGAGAGUGUCAAUAUAGAUCAAAGUCAUUAUCAUUUAAUAUAAAGGUGUGUGUAAGAGAGAGAAAUGAGAAAUAUGUGGAGAGCAGUGGAUGGGUUGAAACCAGCGUUGAUGAUGUUGAGUGUACAGAUUGCAUUUGCAUCGGUGAAUGUGAUGUACAAGGUUGCCAUUAACCAUGGAAUGAGCGUUAGGGUUCUCACUGCCUAUCGUCUCAUUUUUGCCUCUGCUUUUACCAUUCCUCUUGCUCUUCUUCUUGAAAGGAACAAGGGACCAAAGCUGAGUUGGAGGGUGCUGUUUAUGGCAUUUUUUUGUGGUUUAUUCGGGGGAAGUUUGUUUCAAAACCUUUAUUUUGAAGGCUUGGCUUUAAUAUCUGCAACGUUUGCUUCUGCUGUCUUUAAUCUCAUUCCUGCUGUGACUUUUAUCUUGGCAGCCUGCUGUGGUUAUGAAAAAUUAAAUCUGGGUAAAGCAGCAGGGAAAGCAAAGGUGUUAGGAACAAUAAUAGGAGUAGGAGGGGCAAUGAUGCUGACAUUCAUGAAAGGCAUAGAAAUGAACAUUUGGACAUUUCACAUUCACCUUUUGCGUCACAAUGCUAAUGCAACUUCACAACAUGGAAGCAAAUUGCUUGGUGUUUUCUGUGGCAUUGCUAGCUGCUUCUGCUUUGCCCUUUGGCUCAUCAUUCAGGCAAAGAUGAGUAAAGAAUACCCAAAGCAUCAUUCAAGCACAGCUUUGAUGUCCACAAUGGGAGCAAUUCAAGCCACUGUGUUUGGUCUUUGUAUUGAUAGAGAUUGGAGUCAAUGGAGAUUGCAUUGGAAUGUUAGGCUCCUAACCGCCGUUUAUUCGGGAGUAGUGGCAUCGGGAAUAAUGGUGAUAGUGAUAGCAUGGUGUGUGAAGAUGAGAGGACCAUUGUAUGCUUCAGUGUUCAACCCUCUCAUGCUUGUGCUUGUCGCCAUUGCUGGUUCUCUCAUGUUGGAUGAGAAUCUCUACUUGGGCAGUGUGAUCGGAGCAGUGCUGAUAGUGGUAGGGUUAUAUCUGGUAUUAUGGGGAAAGAGCAAAGAGGCGAAGAAGAUGAAUCAAUUAGUGCCGUCAGAUCAAAUCGCUCAACAAUCUGGAGCCGUUGAGAUUGUCGUUGUAGAUCAUAAUCAAACCAAAACUGAACACCAUCAUGAAGAACUAGCUGAUGAUGAUUCUCACAAUAAGACCAAAGAUGAAGACCUAAAUAGACUCUCUUUACCGAAUUAAUUAGUGUCUUAACCGUUCAUUUAUUGCAUAAUUAACUUUGUAUGCAAUGCAUGAAUUUAGUAAUUUGAAUUGAGAAUAAAUUAAAUAUGUAGCUUAAAUAA